AUGGGCUCCCAACACAACUACACCCAACCGCCUCAGCAGGCUUCCUUCGACGGGUUCCUCUUCGACAUGGACGGCACCCUGAUCGACUCAACGGAAGCCAUUGUAAAGCAAUGGAGCAAAAUCGGCACGGAACUCGGGCUCAACCCAGAAGAGAUUCUGAAGACGUCCCAUGGGCGGAGGAGCAUUGAUGUAUUCAAGAUCGUCGCCCCGCAUAAAGCCACCUGGGAUUACGUGAGGGGGGUAGAAGCACAGCUGCCCCUUCUAUACGGUGACCUCGCCUCCGAAAUCCCAGGCGCGAGAAGCCUCCUGGACGCGCUCAUCGCCCAGUCUGCACCAUGGGCUGUCGUCACCUCCGGCACGGAACCCCUCGUAUCGGGCUGGCUGAAGCGUCUCAAGCUUGCCAUUCCAGAGCAUCUCGUCACCGCCGAGUCUGUGCAGAACGGCAAGCCAGACCCCGCGUGCUACCGUCUAGGCCUGGAGAAGCUGGGCCUCCAAGACCGGCCCAGGCAAGUCCUCGUCUUGGAGGAUGCCCCCGCGGGCAUCAAGGCUGGCAAGGCGGCAGGAUGCAAAGUCAUUGGGUUAGUGACGAGCCAUACCGUCGAGCAGGUUGUUGCCGCGGAGCCGGACUGGGUGGUUCAGGACCUGGAGUCGGUCCGGGUUGUCGGACGGGAAGGAGGAAAAGUGACGAUUGAGAUUUCGAACGCGUUGGUGCAAUGA